AUGGCAGCAGCGAGUCCCGCAGAGUGGUACAACUCCCUCCCGCCAGUCAGCAAGGCAUGGGGAACGGCGCUAUUCGCCACCGCAUGCGCCAUGCAGCUCAAAGUGCUGCCAGUGCAGCUCAUCUUCCUCGACUACGCCUCCAUAUUCCAGAAAUUCCAGAUAUGGCGUCUCGUUACAAACAUCUUCUUUGCAGGAGGAUUCAGCAUGAGAUUCGCCUUCACUCUCCUUAUGAUAGCCCGCUACUGUGUACAGAUGGAGACAUCAGCUUUCGCCGGAAGAACAGCGGACUUUCUCUACAUGCUCAUGAUCAACACGCUCAGCCUGCUGCUCAUCGCCCUCCUCAUCCCCUUUAAGAUCUUCUUCCUUAGUGAGCCGCUGCUGCUCUCGGUCAUCUACCUGUGGAGCCGGGAGAAUCCCAACGGCGUCGUCAACUUCAUGGGUCUUCUAUCCAUGCCCGCGUUCUACCUGCCAUGGGCAUACCUCUUCAUGGAUCUGCUCUUUGGAAUGAGCGUGGUUGACUCGCUAGCCGGCAUAGUGGCGGGUCACAUCUACUACUUCCUCACGGCCGUGUAUCCGCGCACAGGGGGGGCUCAGCUCAUCCGCACGCCACUCUGGGUCCGCCCGCUUGUAGCGCAGUGGCCGGCUGUAGCACAUGAUGCAACCCCAGCUGGCAUAGUUGCUCGUGUGUGCAACAACACUUUCCACUCACCCCUUUCCUCCCCACCCUCUACACACCCAUCCCCUUCAUCCCCUCCAUCCUCCAGCCAUCGGCUUGUAGCACAGUGGGCGGCUGUAGCACCCAACAUGGUGCAGCCCCAGGCACCCCCGCGGCCCACUCCGGCCCGCGGCCCUGUAGCAGGGGGAGGAGGAGGAGCGGCAGGAGGGGCUGCUGGAGGAGUAGCUGCGGCAGGGGUGGGUGGUGGCUCUGGUGGUGCUGUGUUCAGGGGGCGAGCGUACCGGUUGGAUCGGGAUUAG